CUCGCCGACUUCGACGCCGGCUGGUGCGGCAUCGACGACGACUGCGAGGAUUCGACGUCGUGGUUCAUCAACGACAACCCCUCGAAGGACUGCGCGCUCGUCGCCAAGAACCCGGACGGCCGCUGCGACAAGACGAACGGCGACGGCGUCGAGGGCUGGGACGCCUGCCCCGUCUCCUGCGGCACGUGCGACGCGACGCCCGCGCCGACGUCGUGGUGCCAGGACAGCGGCUCCUGGCACAUGGCGGGCAGCCCGCACAAGGACUGCGACUACGUCAUGAAAAACCCCGACUCCAGAUGCAAGAAGAAGGACGACCACGACGUCAAGGCGAAGCACGCGUGCCACGCGAGCUGCGACACGUGCGACCUCCUCGAGGACGAGGACGAGGACGAGGACGACGACCCGGACUGCCAGGACUCGACGACCUGGUACCGCAACCACCCGUCCAAGGACUGCGACCACGUCGCCAAGAGCCCGGACACGCGCUGCGCCAAGGACAACGACGACGGCGUCUUCGCGUCGGUGGCCUGCCCGAAAGCGUGCGGCACGUGCGACGAGACGCCCGCGCCGACGGGGAGCUGCCAGGACAGCGGCUCCUGGUACAUGGCGGGCAGCCCGCACAAGGACUGCGACUACGUCAUGAAGAACAUGGACAGCCGCUGCAAGAAGAAGGACGACCACGACGUCAAGGCGAAGCACGCGUGCCCCGUGAGCUGCGACACGUGCGACCUCGUCGAGGACGAGGACGAGGACGAGGACGAGGACGACGGCCACGACCACGGCGACGACCCGGACUGCCAGGACUCGACGACCUGGUACCGCAACCACCCGUCCAAGGACUGCGACCACGUCGCCAAGAACCCGGACACGCGCUGCGCCAAGGACAACGACGACGGCGUCCUCGCGUCGGUGGCCUGCCCGGCCGCGUGCGACAUGUGCGACGCGACGCCUGCGCCGACGUCGAGCUGCCGGGACAGCGGCUCCUGGUACAUGGCGGGCACUGGCAGCCCGCACAAGGACUGCGACUACGUCAUGAAAAACCCCGACUCCAGAUGCAAGAAGAAGGACGACCACGGCGUGAAAGC